AUGACUCCUCAUGCGGGGUUCGACGCCGAACAGAUUAGAGACAAGGCUCGAAAGGACCUUCUUUAUCUUCUCGAAGGCGUUCGCGGGAAGAAGAAUCUCGUCAUCGAGCGUAGCUUGGCUGGCCCAAUCGGUGUCGUAGUCAAGGUAUCAACCCUACAAGAUUAUGGCGUAGACAAGUUCUUCAUUCUCGAAAAUAAGAAUGCCGAUACGAGCCAACGCAAUGUCGUGUUUAUGGCACGAGGGGAGUCUGCCCGCCACGCUCAAUCCAUAGCAGAGCAUAUCAAGCGGCUACAACGCGAAAGUCAGACCGGCCACGAAUUCCACAUCUUCUGGGUACCCCGCCGUACUCUAGUAUCUGAUAAGCUCUUAGAGGAAGCCGGUGUGUUGGGUGAUGUGAACAUUGCAGAGCUCCCGUUGUAUUUCUUCCCGCUUGAGCGAGAUGUCCUAUCCCUAGAGCUCGGCGACUCUUUUAGGGAUCUUUUUCUGUUCAAAGAUACAACACCAACAUUUCUGAUGGCGAGAGCCUUGAUGGGAAUUCAAUCUAAACAUGGACUAUUUCCGCGCGUCAUUGGAAAGGGCGACAAUGCGAAGCGCGUGGCGGAAUUACUCACCAGAAUGCGACAGGAGAUGCUGGCUGGGGAAGAUGCGAGCGAAAAUACCCGGUCUGGGCUUACACCAAGCAACACGAUAGAAAGUGUGAUAUUGAUUGACCGCGAAGUCGAUUUCGUUACGCCCUUACUUACGCAACUGACAUACGAAGGGCUGAUUGAUGAGGUCUGGGGGAUUCAGAAUAAUCAAGCUGAUAUUGAUUCUACUAUCGUGGGAGCUCCGCCACAACCCAUAUCUCAGAGCGCGUCUACUCCGACGGCUAAUGCCCCUUCGAGGAAGCGUAAAAUACAACUGGACUCUGCAGAUAAACUUUACGACGGACUCCGCGAUGCAAACUUCGCAAUUGUUGGUACACUACUCAACAAGGUUGCACGGAGGUUGCAAAGCGACUAUGAUAGCCGCCAUGCAUCUAGGACAACCGCGGAGCUUAAAGACUUUGUGAAAAAGUUACCCGGCUAUCAAACAGAGCAUCAGAGCUUGAAAAUACAUACUGGACUUGCUGAGGAGAUUAUGAAACAUACACGAGCAGAUCAAUUCAGUCGCAUGCUAGAAGUCCAACAGAACCUAGCCGCGGGUGCCGACCCCAGUUCCCAAUUUGAGGCCAUUGAAGAGUUAAUCGCAAGAGAUGUGCCGUUGCAAGAGAUACUGAGGCUCUUAUGCGUGUAUUCAUGCAUAUCCGGUGGUAUCAAAGCAAAAGACUUUGAUCAUUUUAGGCGUUUGAUAUUAGAAGGCUACGGGUACCAACAUUUCUUAACCUUAGUUAACUUAGAAAAGCUGCAGCUAUUUUUAUCUCGGGCUUCGCCUAUGGCAAGCAUGAUACCUAUGCCCGGCUCGGGGACGACAACCGGAACUAAGACAAACUACGCCUACUUACGCAAGCAGCUUCGUUUAAUCGUUGACGAAGUUAAUGAGCACGACCCCAAUGACAUCGCAUAUGUAUACAGCGGCUAUGCACCUCUUUCGAUCCGUCUCGUACAAUGUAUAUUGCAGAAGCAAUAUCUCCUCUCCAUUACACGUGGCAACGGGACGACUGGCGCAAGCACAGCUGCUAGUAGCGGUGCGCAAGGAUGGCGAGGUUUCGAUGAGGCUGUGAAGCAUGCACGGGGCCAGACAUUUGACGAGCUACAAAAGGGCGAAGACAAGGCAGUCAAAGCUCGAGCUCUAUUAUCUGGAGGGGGCGACAAGAAGACGGUGUUUGUUGUAUUCGUGGGAGGAAUAACAUUUACCGAGAUCGCUGCGCUGCGAUUUAUCGCAAAAAAGGAAGAAGGUAGGAGGAAUAUUGUAAUCUGCACGACUUCAAUCAUUAGCGGGAAUAAGAUGAUGGAUGCUGCGGUAGAGAAGAAGUCCUUUGCGAAGGAGCCACCUAAGCCGGCUGCUGCUUCGUCUACGGCCCAAACUCUUCCAGCAUCUCUUCUUGCGGACUCCUUCAAAUCAUAUAACCCUAAGCUAUCUACCUCAAGAGACACCCCGAAGACAGAACCUGAAAUAGUUGUUCGAAUUGACGGCAUGGACGUGUCUCCGGACAGUAUGGCCUCUGCGCCUGUAUCACGACAAGAUCCCGCGUCUCAUCACAGUCAAUCGCCGUCAAUAAAUUCCAAAUUUUCAAAGGCUCACGAGAACUCUGGAAAUUCAUUCGGGUCAUCAACUUCGACUAUGUCAGAUCAGUCAGAUAAAGCGACGACGCCGAUUGACAUGGAUUCGUUACAAGAACCGCUGAGGACCCACAUCGACAAUAAAACCACCACUAAGACACAAAGACGCCCAUUCGACGUGCGACCCCGAGUAUCUAUCCCGACAGACAUCUCUCCACAUGAGUAUGCCAACCAAUGCAUAGCCGCAGCCGAGUCAUCUCGACUAAAUCCUUAUGCUCUACAUCAGGAUGAGUACUUGAUGUUGAGAAACCAUAUCAGUCAUGCUCAGGUGACUACAUAUCUGAACAUUCGAAACGGGGUCCUACGAUUAUGGUUGAAUAACCCUCGAAUCGGAGAUCCAAGAUGGUUCGACGCUGCAAGCGUAUGCUACGACUGGCUCGUCCGAUCAGGAUAUAUCAACUUUGGCUGCGCAGAAGUUUCCUCGGCUCAGAAGCGGCCGACGAAUGCCAAACCGAGCAAAAAGGGAAAGACAGUAGUUGUCAUUGGCGCCGGGAUGGCUGGCCUGGGGUGUGCGAGGCAAUUAGAGAGCUUAUUUGGCCAAUAUGAUGAACAAUUUCAGCACUCGGGAGAAGAAGCUCCGAGGAUAAUUGUCCUUGAGGGUCGAAACCGCCUAGGCGGUCGUGUGUACUCACGUGCACUCGAUGGUAGCAAAAGUCAACAUCUGAUAGGAUUUCAAGGCCGGCGGCAUAGUGUAGAGUGUGGAGGCAUGAUUAUCACUGGAUUCGAGCGAGGUAAUCCACUAAAUAUUCUAGUGAGAGGACAGAUGGCCUUGCCUUAUUAUGCUUUACGACCUGACACUACCCUCUACGACGCCAAUGGCAAGGCUGUGGACGAUGUACGGGAUCGCCUUGUCGAAAAGCUCUACAACGAUUGCCUUGAACGAGUAAGCGACUAUAAGUUUAAGAACCCGCCGUCCAAACUCAUUGAAGGCAACAAGGACUUGAUGGAUGAAGGUCGAGAUAGUUCAGCUGAAGGUCAAAAGACUAUCGCUCAGGUCGAAGAGGCAACAGCCGCUCUCCCGCAAGCACCGCCGGUCUCAGAGCAGAGCCUAGGGCCCCAAAUUAGUCUUGUCCCCGUCUCUACGGACCGAGCAACUGGUAGAACCCAUGUUGAGCCGGGUACCCCAGCUACCCUCAAGGCAGCUUUUAAAGCGCGUCUGAUGGGUUGGGCGCUUAAGGAACAUGUGACCGAGGACUACGAUCUGGACCUUGAGACAGCAGCUAAAGCUCCCGAUGCCACCCUUGGCUCUGUCAUGGACGAGGCAAUUACGCAGUACAAGAAUAUUGUUGAUCUUACACCUCAAGACUUUCGACUUAUGAAUUGGCACAUAGCCAAUCUCGAGUAUAGCAACGCAACCAAUUAUAAUCAACUGAGUAUCGGAGGCUGGGAUAUCGAUGCUGGUAACGAGUGGGAAGGUAAACACACAAUGGUAAUUGGUGGCUACCAAGAUGUCGCAUGGGGUCUGGCAAAUAUGCCUUCGCGACUAGACGUUCGGAAGAAUACCAGCGUCAAACAAAUAUUCUACGAUCCCGAUGGACAAAGAACUGCACGUGUCGAAUGUGAAGAUGGCUCGAGCUUUGAGGCAGACUAUGUGGUUUCCACAAUUCCUCUCGGAGUUCUCAAACACGGCAGUGUUGAAUUCAACCCUCCUCUACCACCUUCCAAAGCAGGCGCUAUUAGUCGCCUAGGUUAUGGUAUCCUUAAUAAAAUUAUUCUAGUUUACGCAGAAGCUUUUUGGGAUACGAGCAGAGACAUCUUCGGUUGCCUACGAAGUCCAAAUUCUCGCCAUAGCCUCAAGCAGUCUGAGUACACUUCACAGCGUGGGCGUUGCUUCCAGUGGUUUAACACGUCAAAUACAAGCGGCAUUCCAGUACUUAUUGGGUUGAUGGCUGGAGAUGCUGGCUUUGAUACUGAGCAUUCUAACAAUGAUGAGCUCGUGGCUGAAGCUACCGAGGUCCUCCGAAGCGUAUAUGGUGCUAAAGUUCCCCAACCGAUCCAUUCGAUCGUCACACGCUGGGGUUCUGAUAAAUUUGCCCGAGGGUCUUAUUCCUCGGCCGGUCCUUCGAUGCGCCCUGACGACUAUCAAACGAUGGCUAAAUCAGUUGGCAACCUAUUCUUUGCAGGCGAGCACACAACCGAAACUCACCCUGCUACAGUACAUGGCGCAUACCUAUCUGGACUACGCGUAGCGUCGGAAGUAAUCGAUGCCAUGAUCGGCCAAAUCGAGGUCCCCACUCCGCUAAUACUACGGAAAGAGUCCGCAUUCUCUUCCCAGGGGUUGAAGCGCAAGGAGCCUGGAGAUGGUCUAUCAGUCAUAUCUCACAAAUCCAACAAACAGACUCGUAUUGAUGAAUAUGAAGCCGCCGCUUGGCGACAUAUCAAAGCGCAAAUCGGGGAGCGACCUUGGCGACCCCAGAAAGUUGCGGGAAAUGCCUACCUCCUAUAUAGUAAGGCAUUCUUCGAGACGGCACGCAAGCGGUGUGCAGAGGGCCGCCGAGCUGGUAAGGGCAAGCCGGGUCCAAACGAAGUACGAGUCAUGACAAGUAAGAUGUGGAAGGAGGCGACUCCUGAAGAUCGAAAGCCGUUUGAAGAUCAAGCGUCCGAUCAAAAGCAGAAGUAUAAUGAAGCAUUAAAGGCCUGGGAGACCAAGGUCAAGGAGUGGGAUCAGCGUUACCCCGUAGUAAGGGGCGAAUACGAAAAAGACCAUAAGCUCGUGUUCGAGGACGAGGGAAGCCCUGCCAGUGAGAGCGGAAGAGAACGGAGACGCGCCAAGGUCAGCAACUAUGCUGAGAGUGAGGGAAGUGAUAUCGACAUGGAGGAGUGA